AAAUAGAUUUGGAAAGAGGUGUCAUUGACUUUCUGGUCAUCAUCUCCAGUAGUUGCUUAAUUGAUGGGAGGAGAAAGAGUCCCUUUCCAAGGUCUGAAACGAUCUCUUGAUGAUUAAUGGAGAUUCAACAUCCCUCUCACAGCCACCCUUAUGUCCUGACUACCGAUGAUAGUCUUACGGAUCGUAGAUGCAAAGGAUGUGGGCACCGCGGUCCAGGUCCAAUGUAUGCCUGCUUCGAGUGCAAGUUCUACUUCCACAAGUCGUGCAUCGAGUUAUCUACGCAGAUCGUGGAAACCCCUCUCCACCCGCUACACCCCUUGAAACUUGAGGCCGAAUGGGGGAACAAGUGCCAGUGCUGCUAUCGGUUCUGCUACUUUGCAUACAAAUGCGAAGAAUGUGACUACAAGCUCGAUCCACAGUGCAUAUCGCUGACCCCUAUCUUAAAGCUUCGGGAUCCCGACCACCUCCUUUUCCUCCUCGAUAAGGUGGACUUUACUAGAGAGCUUCAGUGCGACGUCUGUUUAGUCGACUUUGAUGGUCCUCGCAGCCACUCACCGGCUUUUGUCUGCGCAAUCCCCCGAUGUGAUUAUGCUCGUCACUUGGAAUGCAGCCCACUCCCUUUUCCGGAAUCAGUCAGGCACAGCGAAUAUCAUCACUAUCACGAUCUUGUCUACACCAAGUCGGCAAAGGAAGGUGGAUUUUCAGAUGGGUACUACUGCGAUGCCUGCGAAAUGCCUAGAGACCCCGAGUACCCUGCUUAUGUCUGCAAGGACUGCGAAUUCAGAGCUCAUGUCUGUUGCGCCCUCUCGGAGGUGCUGCCUUCCCUGGUAGAGAAGUACGAGAAUGAUCUUCUAGCAAGAGGUGCUUCCUUGGACGCCUUCCUGCACUAUUUCGAAGCACAGGUCUUACGUUUGCGCAAACAGAAAGAGGAAAAAGAAGCAGAACGAGAGGCGAAGAGGCAACAAAUCAAGGCACUUGAAGAUGAACUGGCUCAAUAUGAAGCCUCCGAAGUAUUAAAAUGAUCUUUGAUGAUUGGAUAACUUAAGGAGUUGUGGUUGCUCUGUUUAAUAACCUCUGAUUACGUCUUUAAUGUCCUCUCGAACAAAUCUUGAGCUGUGUCUUGCAGAUGUUUUCCUGUAGCGUAAGUUGGUGUGAAGAUGUUCAUCUUGUAUUUCCUUGGUAACAUUUGUGGAACAUGUAUGUCCAUUGACCGGAAGACGAGGAUAUUCUAGUACUGAAUAAGAUCUGCUAGUCUCGAUGAAAUCACGUACGUGUAUCUGCUACUCUGAGAUAAUCAAGAGGAGGUUGCUUUUCUUUGAUAAAUGUUACUGCAGAAUUCCUUCA